UGUAGUUUAACGUCACUUGAGUAAUGUGUAUCUUUAUGUCCCUUCUGUUUUGAAACCCAAGCAAGCUUGGUAAAUUUAUACUUGUGGUACUUAUAGUUUUAUUCAGUGUUUUUUGGUGCGAAUUCUUCAAUAUUUAAAGAUGGAAAAGAGAGUCGCGUUGGAAUUAAGAGGAAAGAGUCCAUUACAGAUAAAAGAGUUGAACUUGGACAACUGUAGGAGCACCACAAUUGUAGGGCUCACUGAUGCAUAUGUCAACCUCGAAAUUUUGAGCCUUAACAAUGUGGGCUUAACUACUCUUAAGGGGUUUCCUGCUCUACCCAAGCUGCGAAAAUUGGAGUUAUCUGACAACAGAAUUUCAAGUGGCUUAAAUUUCUUGAAUGGAUGCAAAAAACUAACACAUCUCAACCUCUCUGGAAACAAAAUUAAAGAUUUGGAGACUUUAAAACCGCUAGAUGAGUUUACUAACCUUAAAAAUUUGGAUCUCUUCAAUAAUGAUGUCACUAACAUUGAAGACUACAGGAGUAAAGUUUUUGCUUUACAUCCGUCACUGAAGUAUUUGGAUGGAUUUGACAAAGAUGAUGUGGAGGCGGAAGACAGUGAUGCAGAGGAAGAGGAUGAAGUGAAUGGCAAUAAUGACAGUGAGGAGGAAGGUUCAUUCAAUGAAGAGGAAGAUGAAGAUGAAGCAGAGGAUAUAUCAUUAAGUGCAGUUUACAAUGCCAAUUUAGAGGAAGAGAGUUCAGAGAGCUCAAUGUUUGAGGCUAGUGAUGUGGAAGAAGAAGAGGAAGAAGAUGAUGAGGAUGCAGAUGGCGAUGGAGAUGAUGCAGAACAGAACUCAAAAGCACAAGAUGGCAAUGAAAAUGCACACGGCGAGCCUGAAGAGAGCACUCGGGGUAAAAAGCGAAAACACGACGAUGAUGAGAAUUGAAUACUUUGUUGCCUUAACAGACUCGUGUCCUGAUGCCACACACAAUCAACCCCAACCAUUGUAUCGAUCAGUUGGAGCAAACAAAUUAUACUGCCAUUACGGUUGUAAUUUAUACAAUUAUUGGUAAUUAUAACAAAAAAAUCCACUUAUUUUUUUUACUAAUCCAGAACAUUUCUGAUACAGAGUGGCACUGUUUGGUAUACCAACAAUAAUUUCACCCCCGGAUCCACUGAUAGGGUUUUUUUGUAAUUCAGAUAUUUUAAUUAUUAUCAUUUCUUCACAAUACAUUAUAUUGUAACUGGCUUAUGAGACAAUAUAUUGUUAAGUGAUUUUGCAAUACAAUAUUCAUGUUUAGCCUGUCUGGAAUAUUAAACAUUCAUAACAUUUAGUUAGCGAACAACCAUUAAAUUAAUAUCGGGUUUUUAGAGCUGCUCUGUGUAUGAGGUGGCAAUUUCUUCAUUGACAUUAAAUACAUUAUCCGGUUUCAUAAACAAAAUGAGUUUAAGAUUUGCCUUAUACUGUUAUAUAAUAUAUACCCCAAUUAAUUAAUAAUUGAUUCAUAGGUGAUGUUAUUAUGUUUAGCAUUAUGGAGAUGUCUAAUACUAAAUUGCGAUUUAAUAGUUUGGAAGUUUCACAAAUCAUAAAAUCAGUCAUGUGUAAAACCUGUGACUGAAACACUCAAAGGUUUAUUGAAAAAAUUGUUUUAAAAUAUGGCUGUAAUGAUUGUCUGACAAUCAAUUGUUUGGAUUGAUAGUGUGUUGCUCCAUUUACUAGUUUUAAGUGUACAGAGCUCCGAUGCAUCGGACAAUAAACCUUACCUUUUGAUGAAUAAGGGUGUAUUAUGAAUCACACCUUGCAAUAGAUGGUUUUAAAGCUAGAAUAAAUAUUUUUCAAUACCGAUAGCUCAAGAAAUGAUCUGAUUUGUUAAAUUAUUAAUGUGAUUCAUUUACUUGGUACUGUUUGUGUUCGGGUUCAAAGGCUGUUGUUGCCAUUGUAGGUCGAGGCUCAUGAGACAGUACUUGUAAUAGUCAGGUGACCACGCCGAGUGAUGCCUUGUAUUACGACUCACAGUGACGGACUAAUCACUCACAGAUUGAUAUCAUCUAGUAUUAUUUAUCACAUCAGUAUCUGUAAUAUAUUAUAUGGUUCUUGAUUGUUAAUUGUAAAAGCAUAUAAUUAAAUAAUAUUUGUCAAUAAUGUGUAAGUACAAUUGUGUUUCAUAAUUCACUCAUAUUCAUAAAGUGCUGGUCAAUCUCGGUACAAUUGAACCUUGUAGUUGUCACUGAAUGAGGCUCACUCCAUCCAUAACUGGCUCAGGUUAGUUUUAACAACUGUAAUGUUAAUAAAAAUUAUUUGAAUCUAUGUCAUUGGAAUUAUCUAGUUAAAAGCUUUAGAAAUAAAAUUAAGUUCCCAUUUCAUCAUACAUAUUUGGAAAUGUAAAUAAUUUCUACUUUUGUUUUGAACAGUUGUUGGGACACUUGAACCAGAAAUAUCAGUUUCUGAAGGUUUGUAAAUAUCACUAACAUUUUAUGAUCAUGAAAUAGGUUUUUUAAAUAUUAUCACAGUUUUAACUGAGACCACACAUGCUUUGUGUAAGAAACUAUCGGUCUUAACUUUAAAUUAAUAGUUUAUGAUCUGAAUAAUGUUUAUUUAUAUUUGCAUGAAUAACAAGUCUGAAAAGCCAAAGUCUAUAAAUUUAAAAGGCAAGUAGGACGAGCCUUGUGAUGUUCAGAAGCUGAUAAUGUGAUGUGAUUUCAAUAUUAAUUAAUUAUAAUAAAAUGUUUGAGUCAAGUUUCCAUAUCCCCGAGUUACCGAUGCGGCUCUGACACAUGAAGUGAUCACCUGUGUCGACGUGUGUUGUGUGGACCGUGGAGUUUGUUGUCCGACAUGUUGUUUUGAUUAAAUUGUUUAUGUAAUAAUUAUUUUUUAUUCUAUUGACUAUAAAUUAAAUCAUUGAAGAAGUGCAUGAUAUUAAUUUAAGAAUAAAAGAGCUCUCAAAAUUCUGAGUAAUUUAAUGAUUUAUAUUUAACCUCAUUCCUUUGUAUAAUAUUCCAAUUUGGAAUAUUCCGCCUGUGUUACAAUAAUUGUUAUAUCAACGGUAUAAAAUUAUAAAUUCAUUGAAUAAAAAAAUAAUUUUAAUGUUUUACAUUAACAUAGAAAAGAGUUAUAUUGGUCAAUUAGAUAAUAUUGACAAAUGUGAUGUUGAUAUACAUUUUUUACAUUUAUAUUAGACAACAAUGUUUAUAUAAAAAUAACAAAAGCUGAAUCCGAGACAGGAUAAAUAGUAACUUCACAAUCGCUUCCUGGUUUAUUAAUAAGGCACAUGGUGUGCCGUAUUAAAAUAGUAAAAUAUUAGAAAUCAUAUUUAGACCAAUUUGUCAACAUCUGAUGAGAGGAUAUUUUUCUACAAUAUAAUAUGUAAUUUAAAUUGUAAAGAGUGAUUUAUGCACUUAUAUCAAUGAUAAUUUAAAAUGUUUGGUUGAAACGUCAUGGUCAAUGUGCCAGAUAUGUUGAAAAGAAUUUUAGUUAAUAAUUUUAUUGUAUUGUGUAAGUCAUUAAGUUUAAGUAAUUUACAACUUGGCCUGUUGAUAUAUAUUAUAUAAUCCUUUUAAGACUUUAUUUCUGGGAUUGUAAAAUAAAAUAUAAAUUAUAAAA